CGGAAGCUCCAAGUCAGCUGCUGCGAGGCUUCGAGGCAGUUUAUCUCGCUGUGUAGUAGCGUCAUGGCUAACUUAGCCAUACGUUAAGAGAAAACAAUUCUACCGUCGUGCUGCGUGGAAAUCGUUUUCUUCGACCUUUUGUGCACUGUAAAUAUCUUUAAAAUGAAGGCCGUGUUUCCUCUACAGAUUUUUGUCUUAGUGUGUGUUUUGCUGUUAAGCGAAGUGACAGCGAAGAAUUCUCAAGACAACCGUUGCAAAUGCAUCUGUCCACCAUACAAAGAAAUCGAGGGACAGAUCUACAAGCAGAAUGUGUCACUUAAAGACUGUAACUGUCUGCAUGUAGUGGACACAAUGCCGGUGGAUGGAAAGGACGUGGAGGCUUACUGUUUACGCUGUGAGUGUAAAUAUGAGGAAAGAAGUUCAGACACUAUUAAGGUCACUAUCAUAAUCUACUUGUCCAUUUUGGGCCUGCUGCUUCUCUACAUGGUCUACCUGACACUCCUGGAGCCCAUCUUGAAAAGACGUCUCUUUGGUCACUCACAGCUCAUUCAAAGUGACGAUGAUGUCGGGGACCAGCAGCCUUUCGCUAACGCUCACAACGUCCUGUCUCGCUCACACUCGCGGCCCAACAUGCUGAACAAAGUCGAGCACGCUCAGCAGCGCUGGAGGAGGCAGGUCCAGGAACAGAGAAAGUCUGUGUUUGAUCGCCAUGUUGUCCUCAGUUAAAGGUUGAAGAGGACCAAAAAAAAAAACCUCACUGUGACAGAGUAUGUGACUUGUAUCUCGUCCCCUUUUGUCAUUUUGUGGUUUGUAUCUCCGUAAGUGUCAAUCUGAAGUACAAAGUAGAUCAAAAGGGACAGCAAGAGAUUUUCUUGUAUUUCUAUUGUUGCACUGUGUUUAAUUAUCCAUCCCAACUUGUGCACAGAGGCAACAAGUCUCCGGGGAUUCGAUUAUGAAAAUGUGAGUAAUAAAUGGCAGGUAAAAACCUUACGCGGCGAUAAUUUGUUGUUACUGCUGGACUAGCGCCGUGUUGAAUCAGCUCGUGUAUUCUACGCACUAAACUGCCUUUCAGAAUAUGAUACCCACAGGCCGAAGACAUCUUAUGUAGGCGUUUCCCUUUGUGACAGCUAGUAUUGGAAAUUAAUUAACAUAUUUGACAACUUGACUAAUCAUAGUUUCUGGUAUAGGUGAUCUCUUGCUUAUUUAUUAGUACAUAUUUAGUGACUUUUUGACUUUUUUUAUUUUAUUUUUUUUAAACUUUAUGCGCCUGACAUCCACCAGAUGGAUUCCACGUUGGGACAGAAAGUUACUGAGUGACGACAAAUGUGAACUUGAUGUAGAGACGGAGAAAAGAUGUACAGUACAAACGUUCUAAUUCCGUUAAAUUGACUCUUGACUUUUGUCAAGGUCCUAAAUAAUGUCAAAAUGGACACCCCCCCCCCCCACUAGAGUUAUUUUAUUAACUGCUUUUGGGAGACCUCUGAAAGUGUUCUUAACCAUUGUACACGUGUGCUACCUUACAACUUUGAAAUAAAUGGAUGUGAAGAUUUGU